CUGGGGGGCGGGGGGGGGUUAAUUAAUUAAUUAGCAGGGGUAUAAACUCGUUAGAAGCAAAGACGGCAGGCCCGGAUCGAGGGAGGCCGUGCUGAAGUGGCACCGGUGGGACGACACACCAUGCUGUCUACCAAGAGGCGGAGCGCCAGCAUCCUGACCGUAAAGGAAAUCCUGGAAAAUGGGUUUGUGGCGGCGGCCCCUGGGUGUACCCACUCUUCUCCCGUCUGCAGUUACUACGCGGACUCCGGCACUGCCUCGAGACCAAGCACCUGGGAGCUUCUGGUGGACUUGGAGAGCGUGACAAAAGGCAGCUCUCUGUGUGUCCUGAAGCAGCCGGAGGUGCUGGGCAGCUGCGUGAAGGCCGAGCUGCAGAGCCUGACCCAGGGCAGCUCAGACAUCAGCCUUGUCUGCUUCUGCAAGACUCCCUACGGACACGCUGCCUCCGACCUCUCUGGGCUGCCCAGCCAAGCUGGCUGCCUGAUGGAUGUGGCAUCACACAACACUUCCACACCAUGCAAGAAAGAAAAGCACCCCAAGCCACUGGAGAGUCUGCUUUCCAAGAGCACUGAGCACCUGAGCGACUUCCCAACCCCUGGGAAGCCUCCAGGACCCCGAUGGGAGAUCUCAGAAAUAAAAGCCCCCCUGGAUGCCAGCCUGUCCCUUGACACAAGCACCGAGGAGCUGAGGUUACUGGGCUGCUCCAAGCCAGACACGCCAUCCCUGGAGACCUCUGUCAUCAUUCCUCUGACCUGGCCCGGCACCUUCAAGAGGCACCCUGCUCUGCCCCAUGGGGCUGCCACCCACGAGGCCCAGCUGAGCGAUCUCGAGCCUGUCUCUGCGUUUGCGCACCAAGCCCUGUGCUGCUGCUGCUGCCAAGGCUCCAGACCCGAGACGCUGCCAUGAGCUGCCCCACUGGCGGCUCCGGUGAGUUCUGCGGGGUGUGGGCAGCUCGUGCUGGACAACGGGAGCCACAUGGCUGGGGCUGGCUUGCUGGUGAGGCACCGAGGUGAAGCUCGACAUCCCCCAGAUGGAGCCAGAUUUUAGGGGAAAGGGCUCGGGGCGCUACCAGGUGGCAGCACCCUGCGAGCUGCUGUUGCCGGUACUCAGCCUGACUCCCCGUUCCUCCCCUACGGUUGUCUUUUGUAUUAACGCAAUAAAGAUUUAAGUUUC